CCAACUGCACCCACAUAUCGACGCCGGCUCGACACCGACAUUGACACAGAGCGCUGCGAGCAUGGGCAAGUCCAAGAUAUCGAAAAAGACCAAGGCCCCCGCCAAGCCCAAGGUGGUGGCUCCGGAGCUUAGCGAGGAGGACGAGGAGUCAUUCGAGACUGUGCCGGAUCCAGAACCCGAGCCCGAGGAAAUGGACUCGGACGCUGUCGUCUACUCAUCCGACGACGAUGAGUCGGACGGCGAGGCGCCCGAGGCGGUCUCCAUCAAGUCGACCAAAGAGCAGGCGCUGAGGGAACAGCAACUGGCGAGUGAGCUCGAGAAACAACGAAAGGUCGAGGAGAAGAGACUGCGGAAAGAGCGGAGCGACAAGCUGAAGCAGCAAGCAGCGACGAAGAAGGAGCGCUUGCUCGAGAAGGCCCGUAUGCUACCAAUCGAGAUCCUCGAGGAAGCCGAAAUCGAGAGGCCAGCGACCACACAUCCCUCUGGCACGCAUACCCGCUUGGCGACUCAGGAUCAACGGCGCCAAAAGAAACAAUUGCAGGACGAGCGCAUCGUCAGAGGAUUCAAGGUUGUGGCUCUGAAUGCACAGAAGAAGAAAGCCCGCCCGCUUGCUGAGGAGGCGCUUUCAUUCCGACAUCAGCAUCUCUACGGCGGUCGAGUGAAGAGGACGACGAGCGUCGCCGAUCUGUCGAAGCGCCGACAGAAACAUGCUGCUGCUGUGUUCUUUGCUGCGAAGAAGGCGUCCUCGUAGUGCUGUGUUGAAUACAUACAGCUCGCGCAAUGAAGCGGGACACCGUGUCGCUGUCGUCGUCGCCCGAACCAAGGCCUCGCCCAUCUCCCAUUUACCAUGGCCAGGAGAGCGUACAGCUCGCGCAGAACAUGGCGCAUUUGCGCCCUUUGGACGGUCGCCACCGGCCUUGGGACAUAUCUGUCCAUGAGCCUUUACGAGUGCCGCUUCCGACACCAGCAUUGGAUCUGGCAUUCUUGGU